UGUCCAGCAUGUACUUGAAAUUGUUGUUUAGGACGUGUAAAUUUCACUCUGUAAAUCUCAAUUUGUUAUUUCUUCUUUGUUUGCAAAUCAUAGCUAGUGACUCGACUUCUAUUUGUGGCCAUGAUGAUUUAGAACAAUGGUUGUUAUACAUUAUACCUCCUCUUAGCUAAUUUGUGAUUAAAAACGGUCGAAAUGAUUAAUUAAAAAUACCUAAUCGUUCAAUCAUAGUAGUAUACAAACUUAUUUUGCAUGAUGGUUUCGCACAAAAGAAGUUUUUUAAAUUUCAUGCUGGAUAAGCAGAUACUAUUGACACUACCAAUUAACUUUUGCCUUCCUGUUUCGCAAGUCAGUUAUUACACAAAGGAAGAUAUUAAAAACUGGAGCGUAAGUUUAAUAAGAAGAGAUAUUUUGAAAUUAGUUUCUUACAGUCAACAGAUGUGGAUUGGAAUGAAGUUUUAAGCUGAUAUUCCUAAACAUGAAGAUUAUUACAGGAAUAGUUUUUUUCUAUUGCUUAAUAAACCAAGGUCAAACUUUUGGGGUGACUAUAUCUACCCUAACAACAUCACUUCGAAGUGGAGAUGAUCUGGUAUUAAGAUGUGAAACUCAAAACGCAUCAGAUACAAAAACCGUUUUUCAAUUUUUUAAGAAUGGAAUGAAUAUUACGUCGAAACAAACAGAAAACACAACGACUUUUAUUACACAGACAAAAGACAAUGGAAAUUAUUCAUGCACGGCAGUGCAAAAUAACAUAACUGAACAAUCCAAUAUGGUAGAAAUAAAAGUCAUGUUACACAUUGAGAUUCGUUUCUCUCCGGCCAUCGAAGGAACCAACCCAAAUAUGACAUGCUACGUAUUUGGUGGAGAAGAAAGUCGUUUUAAGUGGAAAAUGAAUAACAUGACGGUAGACGAAGCAUCUAGUAUGCUACAACUUCGAAACAUUUCGAGACAAAAGAUUGGUACAAAUUACAGUUGCUCAGCAACUUCUGUGUAUACUAACAUGGCCAGCAUGUAUGCUAUAAGACGCAUAUCACAAGACGAUGUGAUGUAUGUUGGCAGCGAGAUAUCAUUCGUUCCGGCAGGAAGCCGUCAAUCUCAGGUGGAAGGAACACCAUACAAAGUAACAUGCCAACUUAUAGAUUACGGAUCUCCGCUUGCUACGUUGUCUUGGUAUAAGGAUGGUAUGCAAGUUCCUGGAAGUGUUAAUGUAACAGGAGGUCCAGCAAUGUUGGAGUUCUCAUCUACCAUGAGAAGGGAUAGUGGAAAUUACACUUGUAUUGCCAAGAAUAUCAUUGGGGAUGUGACGAAAAUGUUAUCUUUUGAUGUCUUAGAUUUAUUCCGAUUUCCCAAACUCACCGUCAAUUCAUCAGCAAUUCUCUCAGGAGACGUCAUACAACUGACCUGCAAUGUAUCUGACGCCGACAAUCGAACACUGACGUAUCAAUUUUACCGAGAUGGAACAAUGAUUGCACCAGUGCAACCAAAAAACACGCUUACCUUUGUAGCACAAACUAAUAACAGUGGAAAUUACUACUGUAGAGCAGGCUUGGAUACAAUAUAUAAGGCAUCAUUUAAUUUAGACAUCCGAGUGCUUUUGCAAGUAAAAAUCUCCAUACCAAAGGCAAUAGAAGGCAAGGAUUUAAACAUCUCCUGUUUGGUGCAAGGUGGUGAGGUGGUCAAAUCCUUCAGAUGGAAAGUCAAUGACACACAACUAGAAAACGAAACAAUGCAACAGUUACUGAUAAUGAAUGUCAACCGAAGGAUGGUAGGAAUGGUGUAUAGUUGUUCUGCAACACCAUAUAAAGGAGUGGAGAGUCAAGAGAGUAUGGGAGCUAUACAAAAAGUAUAUGCUCUUGAUAUGCCGGUUAUCCGUAUACGUGACGCUUAUCCACUUGAGGGCGAUCAAAUAUACAUGAAUUGCUCUGCCACUCCUGUACAAGAUGGACUUACUUACAGCUGGUAUAAAGAUAACAUCCUUUUAAGUGAUUUCAAUGAAAGAGUUUUGAACCUGACAUCAUUGAGGAAUGAUUCUGGGAGUUACCAUUGCGUGGUGAUGCACAACAUGGGAAACUUGAUCAAACGUUCACUUUCGGCGAACAUAACAGUUUUGUUUUUAGACGAGCCUACAAUAACAAUUGCAGACGGACUAAUGUUGCCAUUUGUGGAAGGCACAAACUUCACUUUAAGUUGUGCUAUUCAAAUGUACAACCACAACUUAAAUAUUUCUUACAAAUGGGAUAAGAAAAACAGCACCUUUGGUUAUGACUUGCUUGGCAACGAACAGAUGCUUAAUAUUGUCAACGUCACCAAAGAUGAUAGUGGUUCCUACAUGUGUACAGUGACAGGCGAGUUUCACAAUAAAACAUUGCAGAAGAAUAUAACGCAGGAAAUUAUAGUCCAUUAUAAAGCCAUCGAAUUGAUAAUUACAACAGGAAGUGGCAGUCAUUUAAAAAAAGAAGCGUCAGUAAACAUUUCGUGUAAUGCCAGCGAUUUUGGUAAUCCACCAGCUAAGCUAUAUUUAAUGAAAGAUAGUAAAUCUCUAAGUAACGGAGAAUCUGGCUCUUCAAUUAUGUACAAACUUGCAUCAGUCAAUAAAAGUGACAUGGGUGAUUAUAAAUGCAUUGCAGUGAAUGAUGCUGGGAAUGUUACAAAAUAUUUAAAUGUCGCUGUUCUGUAUUUGGAAACUCCACAAAUUGCCUUUACAGAAAACAAAACAUCUCCAGCAAUAAUGGGAGGAGAUAUUGAAAUGACUUGCACAGCUAAACAUACCAUGAACAAUUCGUUGAAUGUAUCUCAUCGUUGGUAUAAAAAUAAUAAUAAUGUUCUAAUGAUGGUGGGAAACCAAAGCGUACUUACUUUAUCUAAUGUAUCCAAAGAAGACGCAGGAAUGUAUUUAUGUAAGGUUACUAUUAUGUAUCCAGAUAGCAUUUUGAUGAUGAAGAAUGCAACACAGGAGGUUAUUGUUAAUUAUAAAGCUGAUGGAAUUAUGCUUAUGCCAGCAAAUAACGUUCAUUUGAUUGAAGGAUCUGCACUUAAUAUCUCGUGUAAUGCAAGCGACUUUGGUAAUCCACCCGCCAAGUUGUAUUUAAUGAAAGAUGGUAAAUCCCUAAAUAACGGAGAACCUGGCUCUUCAAUUAUGUACCAACUUUCAUCAGUCAAUAGAAGUGACAUGGGUGAUUAUAAAUGCGAUGCAGUGAAUGAUGCUGGGAAUGUUACAAAGUAUUUAAAUGUGGCUGUUCUGUAUUUGGAAACUCCACAAAUUACCUUUACAGAAAACAAAAAAUCUCCAGCAAUAAUGGGAGCAGAUAUUGAAAUGACUUGCACAGCUAAGCAUACCAUGAAUAGUUCAUUGACUCUAUCUCAUCGUUGGUAUAAAAAUAAUGAUGUUCUAAUGAUGGUGGGAAACCAAAGCGUACUUACUUUAAAUAACGUAUCCAAAGAAGACGCAGGAAUAUAUGUAUGCAAAGUUACUCUGACGUAUGAAGACAAAAUCUCAAUCAUGAAAAAUUCUUCGCAAGAGGUGAUUGUCCAAUAUAACAUUAGGCAGCUCAAUAUCACAACAACUCGAAAUAAAACGGAGGAAAUGGUAGGAAGACCUUUUAUGUUCAACUGCUCAAUUGGUGGUCAUAGUGUAUCAGAAGUAACGUUAAAGUGGAUGAAAGAUGGACGCAUCCUUAAAACAAGCCUAAAUAGCUCGACAAUUUCAUAUGAAAUACCAUCUGUAAAGAGAGAGGAUGCUGGGAAAUACAUGUGUAAUGUGACAAGUGGCUCUGGUAGUGCAACAAAAAUGAUUGAAUUUAACAUCUUUGAUGUUCCUGAUCCUCCUACAAACAUUAAAACACUAUCAAGAACAGGAUUCUCAAUUGAAGUGACAUGGGAAGCACCAUUAUUUAACGGCAACAGACCACUUACUAGAUAUAUCUCAAGAUACCGUGAAAUGUCAGGAUCAUUUAAAAAUAUGACCUCACCAGCAUCUAUGCUAAAGCAAAACAUUACUGGACUUUCUCCAAAUACAGAAUACCAAAUCAUUUUGCUUGCUGUUAAUGAAAUUGGGAUGAGUCGUGCAAGUGACAAUAUGAGAGUCAUAACCCAAGCUUUAGCACCAAUGCCGAUCACAAGACAACUUCCUGCACCACAGGAAGACAGGAUCAAAAGAAGAUCAUUUGCAAUCAAUAUUGUCUUAUUUGACGAAACAAAUAUAAAGAUUGCCCAUUACGAUGUUAUUUUGUUGAAGCUUGAAAAUAGUGCUAAGCCAAAGAGACAACCAAAUAAUUAUACUAACGCUGAAAUAAAAAAUCUUGUGGUUGGAAGAAUAAGAAACCCAACAGAGAACCAAGUUUUUGUAGUCGGUGGUGGAGGGUCUACUUCAAGAAGGAGAAGAGCUUUAGGAGAACCAAGCAAUCCACCUUUGGAGAGAGGUACUUAUUAUACUGUCUUUGUCAGGGGUUAUGUGACUGACGAUGUGUUUCAGAGCACAGACUGGUACCCUGUUGUUCAAACAGAGGAGGAGAAAAAUCAUAACGUUGUAGUUGGAAUCGUUAUUGGCGCAUUUGCUGCAGUUGCACUUGUCUUAAUUGUUUUUGUUGCUGUGACAAUAUGGCGUCGCAAGAAGGGGCGUCGGCUCGAUAUUAGGAACGCGAAGAGGAUGCAACAUCGAAACAGCGUCCAUACCGUACAAGUAAACAGACAUGCAGAGCAUGAAAUGAAAAUGCUAAAUCACUAAGUUUGGCUAAUAUAUUUUGGAGAAAAACACGUCUAAGCUAUUUUUAAAGUGGUAAUCAAGUGCAAGGAGACGUAUUUACUGGAUUUAGUUUCUCUCAUUGAAGAAGUAUAAUUUAUUUAAAACUUGUACAUUAAUGUGUUAAAAUUUAUUAAGUUUGUAAAUGAACUAAUCUAAUA